CAUUGUUUCCCAAAAGGCAGCCUGACUGCCUGUUAACAGGGGAAGUUUGAUAGGGUUGGGGGGUGGUUUACUCUCACCCACAGGGUUCCUGCUGUCAGGGUAUAUAAGAGGAAACCUCGGUGACACUGAAUGGACACAAAGGAAAUAUAGGUUUUAUCUAACUCUGGAGCUUUGUCUGAGAGGAAGUCUGUCAACAAAUGACCUGCUGCCCUUUUGUGCAAGAUGUCUCAAAGGAAGAUGCUGCAAACAUCCACAGGAGCCCUGCUUCUUCUCCUCCCCUGGUUUGGUGGCCUGGUCCUUGGGGAGAUCAGUGACGACUUCUCUCAGUGCCUCGACUUCUUCUAUAAUAGAACUCCACCGAGGGGCAUCAAUGCAACAGGAUACCAGCCAAUAUGCCAGCGCUACAAAAACCAGUACCACUUUGCCAGUUUGUAUCACCGUCAACAGCGUGUACCAUUGUACUCUGCGUACAUACUCGGCCCUGCAGAUGGCAAACGACCCAGAAAGACUUGGAUGUAUGAACCACAGUUGCCGUUUUCCCGUGCCAGCCCAGAGAUGCAACAGUUCCAUUACCCUGUGGACCAGAACGUGAUUGAGAGCCAGGCGGUGAUCGACGACUACAAGAACUCCACGUUCACCAAAGGCCAUCUCAACCCCAGCUUACACCAGAAGACAAAAGAGGACCGAGAGGCCACCUUCACCCUGACAAACAUUGUCCCUCAGCAGAAAGGCUCCAACUCAGGCCCCUGGAGUGAUCUGGAGAAUGAGGUGUUGAGAAGAUUCAAGGCCUUCUGCAACGGGUCUAUGUAUGUGAUCACCGGAGCCAUGCCUUAUGAGUCUGAAUACCACUGGAUCAAAAAUAGGGUGUCUGUUCCCGAGUACAUGUGGUCUGCCUACUGCUGCCCAUACUACAGAGCUGACCUUCAUGAGUCUGUGAAGCCCCUUUUCCCCACAUACGCUGCAGUGGGAAGAAAUGACCGCAACAGUGGAGAGGAGAUUGUGCCGGUUGAUGUCAAGGCGAAGGCCUCGGUGAGGGGUUAUGAUGUGAGGCAGAUGUCUUUAGAGACUCUGGAGGGCAUCCUGACACAAAGGCUGGCCAUGCCCAUCAGUCUGUUUCAUGGGCGGUGUCAGUAGCGAAGGUGAAAAGCUUAAGUUCCUUCUUGAAAUCAAAUAUUAACUGCUAUGGGUGUGCACUCAGUAAUCACCAUGUACAGCACAUCUUUUCAUGUUUAAUUCCUUAAUGAGUGUGUGAUUAAUCAGGACACAGAUAUGUUGCUGAAAACAUUUUUUUUAUAAUUAGAGUUUUGUAAAAUAAAUAGUUUUCCCCUCUUGUCAGUGUCAUCUUGUAACAUG